AGCCGUUCGGCGCGGGCCCCCGCGCCCCCCCACCUGCGCCGCGACCGCCCGAUGCCGGCGGCCACCCGGGCGCACCCGCGCUGCGGCGGAUGGAGAGCACGCCGGAGCCGCCCGAGCCGCCGGAGGAGCCCUGCCCCCGGCCUCCCAAGAACCCGCAGGAGCCGCCCGGCGAGAGGCGGCCCCGCACCAAGACGCGCCUCGCCUGCGGCUUCGGGUGCCCCUGUUGCGGGCCCUUGCCGGCGCCGGGGCCUGGCGCGGCGCCGCCGGGCGGAGGUAUUGCCGCCUGGAGCAGGGCCGGCAACUCGCGCUCGCUGGUGGCGCACUCCACCUUCGUGGACGGCGACCGUGGCGCGCCCUACGUGGACUCGCACGUGCACCUGGAGAUGGUGCUCCAGAAACUGCGCUGGUACGAGGCCGCGCCCAGCCUGCAGGAGCUGGUGUGGGAGGGCCUCUCGAAGGAGGAACGAGUCUGCUGGAAGACCCUCGGUUGGGGACCGUGGCAGAAUUUGGUAGCCCGGGGGCGGCAGAGCCGCUCUGGCAGCCCGACGUGGUUCGUGGGCUGGGCCUCGCUCUCCGGCGCCGAGCGCGGGGCGGCGGAGGCGCUCGGCUGGGACUCGGAGAAGUGGGACGGGUACAAUUGGCUUCUGCCGACGGACCAGACGUGGAAUGAGCUCGACGAGGAGACGCGCCGACACCUCGCAGUGCUGGGGGAGGACCAGGGCUCCUGGAACGAGAUGUUCUUCGGCUCCCGCAAGCCGGCGGGCUACGUCUUCGGGGGCGACAUGCGCACCUGGGAUCAGCUCACCACUACGGAGCGCCGCGCCGCCGCGCAGCUCGGCUUCGGCCGCCAGACCUGGGACAUGGUGGAGAUGGCAGGCGUCCACGAGUUCGUCCGCGAUUUUUGCGGCAGUGGUUUCGAGGGCUGCAUCACUCAAGGCUGCGACGGACAGUCCCUCGAUGAGUGCUUGAGCGUAGUGCGCGCGCAUCCGCGUGUUUUUUGCUCAUUGGGUUGUCACCCCAAGAAUGCGUGGUUAUACGAGGAGGAGAAUUUGGAAGAGCGCCUCAUCGCCGCCUUCGAUGAGGUUGGGGAGAAGGCCGUCGCGUGGGGCGAGUUCGGGUUAGAUUUCUCAUUGGAGCAUUGGGCCGAGGACCCAGAGUAUCGCAGCACCCAAGUGCAGGUGUUCGAGCGGCAGGUCCAGCUGGCGCUGGAGAGGCGACUGCCCCUGGUGCUCCACAUCCGCGAGGCGGCCGACGAGGCGCUGGCGCUGCUGCGGAAGUGGGUGCCCAGGGACUGGAAGGCCCACAUUCACUCGUUCCACGGCCCCUCCGAAUUCGUGGAGGAGGUCCUGCAGCUGUUCCCCAACUUCUUCUUCGGGAUUACCGGCACGGCGUCAAUGGGUGAGGAUGGCGACGGGGCGCGGAUGGUCCGGGUGGUUCCGCUUGAGAGGAUGGUGCUCGAGACGGACGGGCCCUACCUGAUCCCGACCGGAACCUCCUUCAACCACCCCGGGCAGAUACCGCUCAUCUCGAGCCCUUUUAGCCGUCGCUGGAGGGCCUCACGCAGUGCUUUUGUUGUAGCACUGUUUUGAUAUGUUUACGCGUCAGUUGUUGUCGACCUGUUGCACCUCCCUCCGUUGUGGCUGAGCCAUGCGGAGCGCUGGGACGUGGAGUUCCCAAAUAUUCAUCGUCGUCGUCGUCAUCCUGCCCCUUCUGGCGUCCGCGUCCAGGUGCCAGGACCGGGGCGAAAACGACCGACAAAUUCCCGGCAUGAUUUAUGUUCACGACGCGAGCAUGUUUGGGGGAACCACCUGUAGCGAUUUGCCCUCAUCCUGGGCCUCCCAGGUAGGGUCGGAGUAGGAGGAUCUCACGCCGCAUCAGGCCCGAGCUCUACAGCACAGCUGUGCAAGAUCAUCAAGAGAGCUUACCCUCAUCCCUGAGUCCCUCCUGAGCCGCCCCCCCUGCCACCCUGGCACUCGCGAGGCUGCCCCGCGCCGCGCCUCCUCCUCCUCCCCCUCCCCCUCCUCCUCCCCCUCCCCCUCCUCCUCCCGUCCCUCGGCCGCCGGAGCUGGCCGGCGAGCCCGCCCCGCAGCCGCGGGGGGGACGGGUCGUGCGCGGUCUGCCCUCGGGGCUCACCUGGAGCUCGUGCGGGAGAGGGGCUGCGGAGCUGCUGCACCGCAGGACGGAUGCGUUCGCCGAGCUUGCGAAAUUACACCGGAGAAAGACCCCAAUCCAUGGAUGGCUUGAUGAGAUCGAUGGUGAGAUCGGC